GUGCACACUAAGGGUGUGAUCUCCUUUCUGUUUCAGAUGUCAGAGUCUCAGAACCGAUAGCAACAGUCUCUCAAGGUAUUUUUCAUUUCAAACGUACAAUAGGUUUUAGGUUGAACAGAGAACAGUAACUAGUGCUUGUUGCGUGUGAUUUGGCUUAUAGUCUACUUCCUGCUUUUGAGAACAAUGCCUUUUGCUCAAAACGUUAAUCAAAAGUUCUCACUAGAGUGUCUGUCUCCUCUGAAAGGCGAGAACUGGUGAUUGUCAUUUAUAUAUGCUGGCAAGUGUGAAACAUUCAAUAAUGCAACCAAUCGACCGAUGUGACUCACUAUUAGUGAUAUGGGGGCUCUAUAGCCCAUUCAAACAUAUAAACAUAUACCGUCUAUUCACGAAGCUGUCUGCCGCCUGAGCGAAAUGCCCCAACGCUGUACAAAUGCUCUAUCUAAACGUCUGUACGCCUCGCCUGCAAUACCGUUUUCGAAACAUUUGGUACUUACAGGAAAAUUCCACCCAAAAACUAUAUUUUGGUAUUUGUUUCAUUAGUCCGUUGUUGACAUAGUCCCAAAAAUGUUUAGCUUGUCAGCCAUCAAGUUUUCAAGAUAUGUAACUUUCUAAAUACAGAAAUCAAACCUGUAUGAUUAACUGUGCUAAUUAACUGUCUAGCGUGCUCCGCCUGUGUGUAAUGGAAGGAUGCCAGAAAUGGGUUGUAACUGAAAAAUACUGUCAGCUGCAACUGUGUUAAAACCUAUUAAAACAGUGCACAGUAAGUGUAUAUUUUGCAUUAGUGAAAUUAUUUUUGAUGAGAUGUGGGUGGUCCUCCUGUAGCUCAGCUGGUAGAGCACGGCGCUUGUAACGCCAAGGUAGUGGGUUCGAUCCCCGGGACUACCCAUACACACACAACAAAAAAAAUGUAUGCAUGCAUGACUGUAAGUGGCUUUGGAUAAAAGCGUCUGCUAAAUGGCAUAUUAUUAUUAUUAUUAUGUGAAAGUAGAGUAGUUCACAUAGAGCCAGCUGUGGUCCCAAGUGGGGAAAGCUGUAGGCUUUCAUGACUGUGUGCAAAUGUAUGCAUGCAUGACUGUAAGUGGCUUUGGAUAAAAGCGUCUGCUAAAUGGCAUAUUAUUAUUAUUAUUAUUAUUAUUAUUAUUAUUAUUAUUAUUAUUAUUAUUAUUAUGUGAAAGUAGAGUAGUUCACAUAGAGCCAGCUGUGGUCCCAAGUGGGGAAAGCUGUAGGCCCCCUUGGGUUCUCCAGAGUAAAGGGGUCUAUUGAACUCCUGCUGCUUAGGAAUUAUUUCCUUGUCAGCACUUGUUUUUCAGUUACCUCAUAGAGUCAAUAGAAAAACAGGUUAGGUUGUAGAAUUAUACAGUUAUGUGAUUUUGGAAUGGCUAACACAGAUGCUAUUGCUUUGAAUAAUCCUAAACAGGGGUUGCCAACCAACACAAAGGGGUAGCUACAUCAUAUACAUGCCAUCACCAGAAAUGUUCUCAGUUGAAUACCAAUUGAAAGUGCAUUGUAGUCCAGGACUUGGCUUAACCUAGGUCCGGGAAACCAGACCUUAUUGUUUGUCAUAACUAAUGCUGUUCAUUUGUCAUUGAUUGCUCAGCUGAACAUUACUUAAAAAUCAAGGCCAAAUAAAAUAACCUUCCCUCAGCUUUCACAAGAACUUAAAAACUGCACAUUACAGUCUCACAUCGGAUGUGUAUCAGGGAUAAGCAAGUUUCCCUUCCUCUACCAGACUAGUUUUCGAAAUACAUUAACUGACAUUACACAGUGCCAAAGUAGCUUCUAGGAAAUAAGUAGCUAUGGUUAAAAAUGACCAGAACCUGAUGUACCCAUUUCAGAUGAUAUUAUUUAUGUCUUCAGGUGGUAACAAAGUCUUCCCUGCGUGCGCACACACACACACAAUUUGGACAUACAAUGUCUUACUGAAGUGAGAGAGACAUCUCUAGAACUUGUAUGACUGUUAUGUGAUGCGUUCAACAUUGAUUAUUUAACUAGUUUGGUGCUCUGUCAACAAGGUCAGUUCGACAGGUUAGUAUACUGCUACGGUAGAUGGACUUUCUCAGAGCUAUGUUUUGGGAAAACCUUGUCUAAUGCAUUUCUUAAUCCACUCUUCUCUCUCCAGCCAUGGACAUCAUAGAUCCCAUCUUGGGCAUAGCGGAGAAGCUUUACUCUCUAUGUGGUGAAGUGAAAGCCAAUAAGAAGCGCUGUCAGCGUUUGGCCCAGCGCAUAAAAGCCUUGGAAGAGCUGGUGAGAGCAGUUAAGGUGAAGGGACUGGGGCAAAAGCUUGCUCCUGUGGAGAAUGGCCUAUACGAGCUCAAACUCACCCUGGAAUAUGCCCAGGACGUGGUUAAGAAAUACUCCUGCACCAGCUACCUGAAGCGCAUCCUGAAGGCCUACGACCAAGGAGAUGAUUUUGGGAGUUUAAAUGAGCGGCUGAAUGAUGUGGCUCAGGUGCUGUCGCUAGCCCUGCAGGUGGAUCAGAGGAACAAGCUACUUCUGGUGUUUCGAGAGGCGACACGACGGAGAGAGGAUGAGGCUGACAGGGAGAGUGAUCGUCUGGAGCUGCAGAAAUGUGAGACAGCUCUACCAUGCCGUUUUCAGUCAUAAUCAAGUGGCCUCCCCGUAUGAGCAGGCAGGGAAAGCUCGAGUUGUUGAUUCUGCUGACUACGCCAAAUUUAGCUGUGUGUGUUACUGUUAUGUCCCACAGUGCUACAGUCUCUGGCGGAGGACACGAAGGAAAGUGUGGGCGCAGUGCGUGAGAAAGUCGACUCCACCGAAAAAGAUGUGAAAGACAUCAAAGCCAUGUUGGAAACCUGUAAGUAAGCCUCUAUAGAUUAAUUGUUGUUACAAACUGUACUUGUUAAUUUGGAAUCUGAGCAACUGUUGCUGUUUCUAAUUUCUUACUGACUUCAACCUGCACCUGAUGAUAAAGGACACUGUGAGUAUAUCCUAUCAGCACAGUUUUGCAUCUUACAUCAGGCAAGCAUCCCAUGGUCUAUCCAUCCUCAAUGUAUUUUGUGUGACGAUGUGCUGUGAUAUCUUGUUCUCUGUGUUAUUGGUUUGAUGUGAUCUCAAAUCAAAUUUUAUUGGUCACACACGUGUUUAGCAGAUGUCAUUGCGGGUGUAGCGAAAUGCUUGUGCUUCUAGCUCCGACAGUGCAGUAAUAUUUAACAAGUAAUAUCUAAUAAUUUCACAACAUAUACCCAAUACACACAAAUCUAAGUAAGGAAUGAAUUUAGAAUAAAUACAUAUAUGAACGAGCGAUGUCAGAGCGGCAUGGACUAAGAUACAGUAGAAUAUUAUAGAAUAUAGUAUAUACAAUGAGAUGAGUAAUGCAAGAUAUGUAAACAUUAUUAAAGUGGUGUCAACGUCUGGGUGAAGUGGUGAAACGGAAUAAGGCGCAGGACACAGAACUGAGAAAAUGAAUGGAUUUACUAAACAAAAGUAAACCAUAACAAACCCUCCACGCAGGGAAGAGCAGAACAACAGCUCACCAAAUGACGUAAAACAACAGACAAUCACGUACAAACUCAGGAGGGAAAACAGAGGUAAUUAUAGGGACACAAAUAAGCAUAAUGGGUAACAGGUGUGAUUAAUAAAGACAAGACUAGUGUAACACAGAAACAUUGAUCGGUGGCAGCUAGUACUCCGGUGACGACGAACGCCGAAGCCUGCCCGAGCAAGGAGGAGGGGCAGCCUUGGCUGUAUUCGUGACAGUACCCCCCCCCGACGCGCGGCUCCAGCCAUGCGUCGACACUGGCCUCGGGGACAGCCAGGAAGACGCGGAGCAGGGCGAGUCAGAUGACGACGAUGGAUGGCCCUCCUGGGAACCCAGCUCCGUUCCUCCAGAACGUACCCCUCCCACUCCACGAGAUACUGCAGGCCUCCCACCCGACGCCUCGAAACCAGAAUGGAACAGACUGAGUACGUCGGUGCCCCCUCGAUGUCCAAUGGGGGCGGAGGAACCUCCCGCACCUCAGACUCCUGGAGCGGACCAGCUACCACCGGCCUGAUGAGAGACACAUGGUACGAGGGGUUAAUACGGUAAUCAGGGGGAGUUGUAACCUAUAACAAACCUCGUUCAACCUCCUCAGGACUUUAAAGGGCCCCACAAACUGGCAGGGCAGGCGAAGGGGCAGGUUUCGGGUCGAGAGCCAGACCCGGUCCCCCGGUGCAUACACCGGAGCCUCACUGCGGUGGCGGUCGGCACUCGCCUUCUGUCUCCUAAUAGCCCUUUGCAGGCGUACAUGGGCAGCGUACCAUGUCUCCUCCGAGCGCCGAAACCAUUCAUCCACCGCAGGUGCCUCGAUCUGGCUCUGAUGCCAUGGUGCCAGGACCGGCUGGUAACCUAGUACACACUGAAAGGGAGACAGGUCAGUGGAGGAGUGGCGUAGGGAAUUUUGUGCCAUCUCUGCCCAGGGGAUGUAAACUGACCAAUCCCCCUGCCGGUCCUGGCAAUAUGACCUCAGAAACCUACCCACAUCCUGGUUUACUCUCUCCACCUGCCCAUUACUCUCAGGGUGAAACCCUGAGGUCAGGCUGACCGAGACCCCCAGAUGGUCCAUGAACGCCUUCCAGACCCUUGAUGUAAACUGGGGACCCCGAUCAGACACUAUGAUGAUCGAAUACUGCCCGGAAACGGCGGGUGAAAUCCUUGUAACGUAUGGACUCAGCGUCUAUUCCACCCCACUCCGCGUUGGCCCAUUCCAGCGCUCUGCCCGACAUACAGGAGAUGAGGGCGGACACGCUCCAGUAUCCCGAGGGAGCCAGGUGGAUGGUUGCCAGGUAGAGCUCCACCUGGAGCAGGAAACCCUUACACCCGGCAGCUGUCCCAUCAUAUUCCCUCGGGAGCGAGAGCCGAAUUCCACUGGAUCCAGGGUUUGAUGGUCUUGAUGGGGGAGAAGUGUAGGAAACCCACUUCUCUCCCAUCGAUCCAUGGUGUUCACCACUCGAUCCAUAGCCGAACCUAAAGCCUGCAGCAUGGUCGAGUGCUGCUGGAUGCGUUCCUCCACCGAGGCGCUGGGAUCGGAUGUGCCUGCUGACUCCAUAGGUGGUGCGUGAUUCUGUCAACGUCUGGGUGAAGUGGUGAAACGGAAUCAGGCGCAGGACACAGAACUGAGAAAAUGAAUGGAGUUACUAAACAAAAGUAAACCAUAACAAACCCUCCAUGCAGGGAAGAGCAGAACAGCUCACCAAACAACGUAAAACAACAGACAAUCACACACAAACUCAGGAGGGAAAACAGAGGUAAUUAUAGGGACACAAAUAAGCAUAAUGGGUAACAGGUGUGAUUAAUAAAGACAAGACUAGUGUAACACAGAAACAUCGAUCGGUGGCAGCUAGUACUCCGGUGACGACGAACGCAGAAGCCUGCCCGAGCAAGGAGGAGGGGCAGCCUCGGCUGUAUUCGUGACAAGUGGCUAGUGUUCCAUUUCUUAUAGUGGCCAGUGAUUUCUAGUCUGUCUAUAGGCAGCAGCCUCUAAUAUGCUAGUGAUGGCUGUUUAACAGUCUGAUGGCCUUGAGAUAGAAGCAGUUUUUCAGUCUCUCUUCCCAGCUUUGAUGCACCUGUACUGACCUCUCCUUCUGGAUGAUAGUGGGGUGAACAGGCAGUGGCUCAGGUGGUUGAUGUCUUUGAUUAUUGUUGUGGAAAAUUAUCCCUAUACUUAUUAAAACAAACAGUACUUUCAGAGUUUUUGUAGAAUCAAUAUAGACUUUAUUACACAAAGCAACAAAGCCGAGCUGGUCUGCAGAGCAACUGAAUUCCUAACACUUUUUAUAUACAGUUCUAUUCCUGCACAUUUGACAUACUUUUUAGCUUAAUCCCUACCUGUUUAGUUCUUCCACCAUUGUCUCCAAAUCAUAUUUUGACUGCUCCGCCCACUCUCUUAAUUUAUGAUAGUGGCGAAAUCUGACUUCUCCUCCUCCUAUGUAUUCAGUUUUGGAAACAAUAGUGGCAGGACCAAGCUUUCUCAUGUAAAAAAUAACAGAGCCAUCUCCUGGCUCUGCUCUGUUUAUUCUAAAACAUAUCAAUCAAUACUUAAAUAUGGUUUAAACAGGGCAGGUCCAUAACCCAUUCUCAACCAUAUACGUUUAAGACAUUCCUUAUGCAUGGCCUCAUGUAUAGCAGUAUAAUCAAUUCUUAGACAUGUACAGUUCUCAUGCAUAGUGUACAAUGUGUGCACAAUUAUUAGGCAAGUUGUAUGUUUGAGGAUUAAUUUUAUUAUUGAACAACUACAGUGCUCUCGGUCAAUCCAAAAUGUUAAUAAACCUCAAACCUGAAUAUUUAAGAAAGUAAAAGUGAGGUUUUGCCUUUCUUUGGAGAAUAUAUGUGUGCACAAUUAUUGGGCAACUAUUAGUGUGCAGAAUUAUUAUGCAACUAAAUGAAAAACGAAAAGUUCCCCAUGUCACUUGUUUAUUUUCAUCUGUUAAAGUGAGAAUAAUAAACAAACAACUCAACAUUUACAAAUAAACAUUUCUGACAUAAAAAAAUAAUAAUCUGUGACCAAUAUAGCCACCCUUCUUUUUAAUAACAGUCAUAAACCUUCCAUCCAUGGAGUCUGUCAGUUUCUUGAUCUCUUGACGAUCAACUUUUUGUGCGGCAGCAACCACAGCCUCCCAGACACUGGCCAGAAAGGUGUACUGUUUUCCUUCACCGUAAAUCGACCGUUUAAGAAGGGACCACAAGUUCUCAAUAGGGUUUAGGUCAGGUGAGGAAGGGGGCCAUAUCAUUAUUCUUUCAUCUUUAAGGCCUUUACUGGCUAGCCACGCAGUGGAGUACUUCGAUGCAUGCAAUGGAGCAUUGUCCUGCAUAAAAAUCAUGGUCUUCUUGAAAUAUGCAGACUUUUUCCUGUACCACUGCUUGAAGAAAGUGUCUUCUAAAAACUGGCAGUAAAUUUGGGAGUUGAGUUUGAGUCCAUCUUCAACCCGAAAAGGUCCAACUAGCUCAUCUUUAAUAAUACCAGCCCAUACCAGUACCCCACCUCCACCAUGCUGGCAUCUGAGUCGAAGUGGAGCUCCGUGCCCGUUACUGAUCCAGCCACGGGCCCAUCCAUCUGGUCUGUCAAGAGUCACUCAUCUUAUCAGUCCAUAAAACCUUUGAAAAAUCUGUCUUCAGAUAUUUCUUGGCCCAGUCUUGACGUUUCAACUUAUGUGUCUUGUUCAGUGGAGGUCAGGUUUCAGCCUUCCUUACCUUGGCCAUGUCUCUGACCUUGUACUUCUGGGCACUCCAGGGAGGUUGCAGUUCUGGAAUAUGACAGCACUGGAGGAUAAUGGGUUCCUGGUAGCUUCACGUUUGAUUCUUCUCAAAUCUUUGGCAGUUAAUUUGCGUCUUUUUUUCUCAACACGGUUCUUGCGACCCUGUUGACUAUUUGCAACAAAACUUUUGAUGGGUCUGUGAUCACGCCCCAAUAUCUUAGCAAUUUCAAGAGUGCUGCAUCCCUCUGAAAUACUUUUUACAAUUUUUGACUUUUCAGAGUGAGUUAAAUCUCUUUUUUGGCCCAUUUUGCCUGAGGAAAAGAAGCUGCCUAAUAAUUAUACACCUCUUGAUAUAGGGUGUUGAUCUCCUUAGGCCACACCCUCCCUCAUUACACAAAUACACAUCACCUGAUAUGCUUAAAUCCAAUAAGCAUUCCAGUUUAUACAGCUUGGAGUUGUGAAAUAUGCAUAAUAAUGAUGAUAUGGUGAAAAUACUGACUUGUCUAAUAAUUGUGCACACAGUGUAUAUUUCCCACACAUUGUAAGAAUGAGCAGGCCCAUUCCCAGGAGCCAUGUCCUGACUCUGGCUCAGGCUCCCUCCUUGUGUACCACUCUGUACCACACUCUGUUUCACUUAGUCUUACUGCUUGUCUUUGUGAUUAACUAUGUUUUAACUUUAUAUUCUAAAAAUAUUUAACUAUGUUCAACUUAUAGUCUACUGAAGAAUGUGUUUAACUUAUAGUCUACUUGGGAGUGUACUGAACAAUUGGCUUCUUACCUGUCUAUCCCCAUGUCUGCUUGGUCUCCUUUUCAUAUCAUAUCUGAACCCCCUCUUUAUCCAAACAGCCACCCUCCCUGGACCUUGAGCCACUAUGGUUUCUUCUUGUGACUAUGUGUAUGUGGCUAUGUGUAUCGGGUCAUAGCGCACAAACAAGUGAAAACGUUAGUUCUGUUGCUACUCAUAUCUCCACACAGCUGCACCAUUGUUGGUAAUCAAGCCUACUACUGUUGUGUCAUCUGCAAACUUCAUGAUUGAGUUGGAGGCGUGCUUGGACACGCAGUCAUGGGUGAACAGGGAGUACAGGAGUGGCUUUGUUGUGUUUGACUUUGUUGUGUUUCCCAUUGACAGUAAUGAAGCCCAGUAUUUUUAAUCAAGACAUCCGAGAGAUCAAGCCAGAGGAGCUGAUCUACGACGUGCCCAAAGAGCCCUUCAUCAAAAAUGACAACUCAGAGAUAUUCAAAGGAGAGUACAACAAAUUCCCAGUGGCCAUCAAAAGAUACACCUACUCAAGGAGCACAAGCAUGAGGUAUGUAGCAUAGCAUAUAAGAUGUCUGAGAGGUCUUGUAAUAUCAACUUCAGUGCUAAACAUCUAUUUGUUUAAUCGGUUAUGUUUGUCCCACACAGUCAAGUGAGAAGCAUCUUUAAAAAGGAAGUGGAGACUAUGAAACGCUUUGAGUCACCAAACAUCUUGCGAAUGUUUGGGAUCUGUGUCCAGGACGAGAGUGGUGAGUAAGCUGUUUUACAGUAUGUGAAAUAGUUGCUGAACAAAUAUAAGACAGGAUAUAAUCACUAUGUGAUUGCAGGAUAUGAUAUCAAAAUGUGAUGAUGUGCCCUUGUUGCAUUUAUAAUGAUCUUCUCUACCCUUGUUGUCCUGUAGGACCCAAUCCAAACUUCCUCAUUGUCAUGGAGUUUUGUGAGAAGGGCAGUCUGAGAGAGGUGCUGGAUUCCCAAAGCAACCUGCUCUGGGACAGAAAGGCUCGCAUGAGUCUGGACGCAGCACAGGGUCUCUACAGGUAGCAGUUUGAUGUUUAUUCUCAUUAAUCUUGACCUGGAGUCAGUAAUGAUGGGCUAGAUGGGCAAGCUGCUUUUUGGUCUUAAUUUAAGGUAUUUCUUUAUGCAUUAGGGUUAGCAGUGUGGUUAAGGUUUGGGUUAAGGUUACGUAUAAAAUAGAUUUUAUGACUUUGUGGCUGUGCCAGCUAGUGACCACUCUGCAGAGCUGCUACCAGGGCAAGAUUCAUGACAAUAAAUGCCAACCUACUUACAGUUAUACAGUACCUCUAUAGAAAUGAAUCACUUUACCUUGUACACACAUGAAACCAGACAGUACACACAUGAAACCAGACAGUACACCAAUUACACAUGACAUGACGCACGGAUCACCAUCUCUAUCAUAUCUUUGCCAUAAAUGUGUUAUAUUGAAUUUCUUUAGUUGAAUAAGUCUCUCUUUCUCCCUUUCUCUCCUUUUAUCUUAUUUAUAUUUACAGUAUAUAUACAGUACCAGUCCAAAGUUUGGACACACACUCAUUCCAGGGUUUUUCUUUAUUUUUUACUAUUUUCUACAUUGUAGAAUAAUAGUGUAGACAUCAAAACUAUGAAAUAACACAUAUGGAAUCAUGUAGUAACCUAAAAAGUGUUAAACAAAUCAAAAUAUAUUUUAUAUUUGAGAUUCUUCAAAUAGCCACCCUUUGCCUUGAUGACAGCUUUGCACACUUGGCAUUCUCUCAACCAGCUUCAUGAGGUAGUCACCUGGAAUGCAAUACAAUUAACAGGUGUGCCUUGUUAAAAGUUAAUUUGUGGAAUUUCUAUCCUUCUUAAACCAUCAAGCGCUAUGAUUAAACUGGCUCUCAUGAGGACAGCUACAGGAAUGGAAGACCCAGAGUUACCUUUGCUGCAGAGGAUAAGUUCAUUAGAGUUAACUGCACCUCAGAUUGCAGCCCAAAUAAAUGAUUCACGGAGUUCAAGUAACAGACACAUCUCAACAUCAACUGUUCAGAGGAGACUGUGUUAAUAAGGCCUUCAUCAAAUAAAAUAAAAUGUUAUUUGUCACAUGCGCCGAAUACAACAGGUGUAGACCUUACAGUGAAAUGCUUACUUACAAGCCUUUAACCAACAAUGCAUUUUUAAAGAAAGAAUACCAAAAGAAAAUCAUAAAAUAAUACAAAAUAAAAUUAACAAAUAAUUAAAGCGCAUGGUCGAAUUGCUGCAAAGAAACCCCUCCUAAAGGACACCAAUAAGAAGAGACUUGCUUGGGCCAAGAAACACGAGCAAUGAACAUUGUCCUUUGGUCUGAUGAGUCCAAAUGAGAGAUUUUUGGUUCAACCGCCGUGUCUUUGUGAGACGCAGAGUAGGUGAACGGAUGAUUUCCACGUGUGGUUCCCAACAUGAAGCAUGGAGGAGGAGGUGUGAUGGUUUGGGGGUGCUUUGCUGGUGACACUGUCUGUGAUUUAUUUAGAAUUCAAGGCACACUUAAACAGCAUGGCUACCACAGCAUUUUGCAGCGAUACGCCAUCCCAUCUGGUUUGCGCUUAGUGGGACUACCAUUUGUUUUUCAACAGGGCAAUUACCCAAAAACCACCUCCAGGCUGUGUAAGGGCUAUUUGACCAAGGAGGAUGAUGGAGUGCUGCAUCAGAUGACCUGGCCUCCACAAUCACCUGACCUCAACCCAAUUGAGAUGGUUUGGGAUGAGUUGGACCGCAGAGUGAAGGAAAAGCAGCCAACAAGUGCUCAGCAUAUGUGGGAACUCCAUCAAGACUGUUGGAAAAGAAUUCCUCAUGAAGCUGGUUGAGAGAAUGCCAAGAGUGUGCAAAGCUGUCAUCAAGGCAACCGGUGGCUACUUUGAAGAAUCUAAAAUAUUAGAUAUAUUUUGAUUUGUUUAACACUUUUUUUUUUACUACAUGAUUCCAUAUGUGUUAUUUAAUAAUUUUGAUGUCUUCACUAUAAUUCUACAAUGUAGAAAAUAGUAAAAUUAAAGAAAGACACUUGAAUGAGUAGGUGUGUCCAAACUUUUGACUGGUUCUGUGUGUGUGUGUGUAUAUACAGUGAGGGAAAAAAGUAUUUGAUCCCCUGCUGAUUUUGUACGUUUGCCCACUGACAAAGAAAUGAUCAGUCUAUAAUUUUAAUGAUAGGUUUAUUUGAACAGUGGGAGACAGAAUAACAACAAAAAAAUCCAGAAAAACGCAUGUAAAAAAUGUUAUGAAUUGAUUUGCAUUUUAAUGAGGGAAAUAAGUAUUUGACCCCCUCCAGCCCCACACCUGGACACUCCACAGCAGACACCAAGCCCUGGAGACCUGGAGGGUAGAGGACCUCACUACCAACACACUACACCACCCACCUGUCCACAGAAGCAAUCAAUCAGAUUCCAAACUCUCCACCAUGGCCAAGACCAAAGUGCUCUCCAAGGAUGUCAGGGACAAGAUUGUAGACCUACACAAGGCUGGAAUGGGCUACAAGACUAUCGCCAAGCAGCUUGGUGAGAAGGUGACAACAGUUGGUGCGAUUAUUCGCAAAUGGAUGAAACACAAAAACUGUCAAUCUCUCUCGGCCUAUGACCCCAAGAACACCAUCCCCACCGUCAAACAUGGAGGUGGAAACAUUAUGCUUUGGGGGUGUUUUUCUGCUAAGGGGACAGGACAACUUCACCUCAUCAAAGGGACGAUGGACGGGGCCAUGUACGUCAAAUCUUGGGUGAGAACCUCCUUCCCUCAGCCAGGGCAUUAAAAAUGGGUCGUGGAUGGGUAUUCCAGCAUGACAAUGACCCAAAACACACGGCCAAGGCAACAAAGGAGUGGCUCAAGAAGAAGCACAUUAAGGUCCUGGAGUGGCCUAGCCAGUCUCCAGACCUUAAUCCCAUAGAAAAUCUGUGGAGGGAGCUGAAGGUUUGAGUUGCCAAACGUCAGCCUCGAAACCUUAAUGACUUGGAGAAGAUCUGCAAAGAGGAGUGGGACAAAAUCCCUCCUGAGAUGUGUGCAAACCUGGUGGCCAACUACAAGAAACGUCUGACCUCUGUGAUUGCCAACAAGGGUUUUGCCACCAAGUACUAAGUAUUUUGUUUUGCAGAUACUUAUUUCCCUCAUUAAAAUCCAAAUCAAUUUAUAACAUUUUUGACAUGCGUUUUUCUGGAUUUUUGUUGUUGUUAUUCUUUCUCUCACUGUUCAAAUAAACCUACUAUUUUAAAUGAUAGACCGAUCAUUUCUUUGUCAGUGGGCAAACGUACAAAAUCAGCAGGGGAUCAAAUACUUUUUUCCCCUCACUGUAUAUACACACACACACACACACUGUAUAUAUGAGGACACCCCUUCAAAUUAGUAGAUUCGGCUAUUUCAGCCACACCCGUUGCUGACAGGUGUAUAAUAUUGAGCACACAGCCUUGCAAUCUCCAUAGAAAAACAUUGGCAGUAGAAUGACCUUACUGAAGAGCUCAGUGACAUUCAAUGAGGCACCGUCAUAGGUUGCCACCUUUCCAACAAGUCAGUUUUCAAAAUUUCUGCCCUGUUAUUGUGAAGUGGAAACGUCUAGGAGCCACAACGGCUCAGCCGCAAAGUGGUAGGCCACACAAGCGCACAUAACGGGACCACCGAGUGCUUAGGCGUGUAGUGUGUAAGAAUCUUCUGUCCUCAGUUGCAACACUCACUACCGAGUUCCAAACUGCCUCUGGAAGCAACGUCAGCACAAGAACUGUUCGUACAGAGCUUCAUGAAAUGGGUUUCCAUGACCGAGCAGCCGCACACAAGCCUAAGAUCAACAUGUGCAAUGCAAAGCGUCGGCUGGAGUGGUGUAAAGCUCACCGCCAUUGUACUAAAUCACACUUCAUAAUCUGGCAGUCCGACGGACUAAUCUGGGUUUGGCUGAUUCCAGGAGAACGCUACCUGCCCGAAUGCGUAGUGCCAACUGUAAAGUUUGGUGGAGGAGGUAUAAUGGUCUGGGGCUGUUUGUAUGUGGCUGCUAUGAAAGUGAACUGUGUUUGCAUGUGAUCGGGUGUAUUCUUAAACGAAAGCAAAUGGAACGAAACGGGGAUAAACAUACCUGCAUUUGUCCAAUAGAAACUCUUGUUUGCAGCUGUUGGACUAAUGAUUACACCCUAGAUCAUCUAGAUGCAGGCAAGAGUGUGCAAGGCGGUAUUGAAUGUGUCAAUGUCUGUCAUCUUGAUUACUCAAAUUUCUCUCAACCUGUGCACCUACGUUGUGAACUUUCAUUCAUAGGCCAGGUUGUAGCAACCUCAUAUCAUUGGCAGUCAGUGCCAUUUAUGAUGAGGGAGGACGAAAACAUUUUUUAUGAGCAUUGCCUUAUUUCUAUUACAGUCUCUUGGAUGACUGUCAUUCAUAUUCCAUUCACCCAGCUCAAUGUAACAUCAAUAGGCUUAGGCUACUACAUGAUGCUCAAAUAUAUAUAUUAUGCCAAUAUGCCACGUCUCUGUCGCAACAAGUACAGACACCUUCAACAUGAAGUGUUGGUGCACAUGAAAGGAUUCCGCCAGCAUGGUGGAAUGCCACGCCUAAAACUGGCUAAUAAUGUCGCAUCUCUGAUUGCCCUGCCACAGCCACAUGUCAUUGGUAACGUCAGGUACAAUUUUGCCUAAAUCGACAGAGGAACGUUGGAUCCUAUUCAUGCAGCUUAUGAUUCAACUACUUAAACUUCUAUCCACCAAUACUAUCCAGUAUGCUCUGGUGUUUCUUCUUCUCUAAAAUAAUGGGUACACUUUAUCAGUGCCCUGCGCCUCUCUUACAAAAGUUCACAGAAAGCGAAAGUGUAUCCUAAUCACAUUGAGCUGUCAUGACUAGCUAAUCCCUCUCUAACUGUAGAUUGCACCAGUCUGAGGAGAAGUUUAAAGUGCAUGGAUGCAUCAACAGCAGCAAGUUCCUGGUAGAUACCGGGUACAGAGUGAAGGUAUGAGGUUCAAUGCAGUCCUGUAGACAUCCAUGUGUGUUUGACACUACAAAGUGAUAGGUGAAGUACUCUAUCUCAAUGUAAUUUUCUGUUUUCCUUUGUACAUGGUUAGCUGGGAGGUUUUGAGCUGGCCAAAACAGAGACGUCAUUGAAGAGGACUAAGGACAGCAAUCGAAGCUCUUUCUGCUACAGCUCCCCUCAGCAGCUUGAGAAUAUUAACCAUAAAUACAACAAGGAAUGUGAGAUGUACAGGUCAGCUUCAAGCCAAAAUACUACACACUCUCAACCACUGAACCAUGAAUGUAAAAUCACAUAAAACUCAUUACAGUGCCUUCAGAAAGUAUUCACACCCCUUGACUUUUUCCACAUUUUGUUGUGUUACAGAAUUUAAAAUGGAUUAAAUUGAGAUUUUGUGUCACUGGCAUACACACAAUUCCCCAUAAUGUCAAAGUGGAAUUAGUUUUUUUUUAAAUGUAUAAAAAAUGAAAAGCUGAAAUGUGUUGAGUCAAUAAGUAUUCAACCCCUUUGUUAUGGCAAGCCUAAAAUAAGUUCAGGAGUAAAAAUGUGCUUAACUAGUCACUUAAUAAGUUGCAUGGAAUCUGUGUGCAAUGAUUGUGUUUAACAUGACUUUUUAAUGACUACCUCAUCUCCGUACCCCACAUACAGUGGGCUCCAAAAUGACUGGCACCCCUGACUGGCAAUGCACAAACAAUACUUACAAUAUAAUUAUAGAGAGAAACUCAAAAUACCAACAUGUGAGAAAUACUGUACUAUAUUAAUGUUCCAAUGGAACCCACCAAAAUAAUGUAUUGAUUUUAAUUAAAAAUCAAUGUCCUCCAAAUCAAGGUUUCACAAUGAAUGGCACCCUUAAAGAUUAUUGUAAAUAACAUCUACCAAAAUUAAACCAAGAAUACAAUUCCACUUAUUUAAGUUUAUCUAAGUCUUAAGGAACUAUAUGAGCCAUUACAUCACUUCCUGUUUCACUAGGGUAUAAAUGAGGUAACACGCAUGCAAUAUCCCUUUGUCAUCCAAACAUGAAGAAAACAAAAUAACUGGCAGUUCAAAAGAGACAUGGUUGUAGACCUUCAUAAAUCUGGUAAUGGCAACAAGAAGAUCCACAAACAAUUGAAUAUACUACAGAGCACUGUCAGGGCAAUUAUUAAAUUUUUUUAAAGAUAUGGAACAGUUGAAAACCUCACGGGUAGAGGACGCAAAUGCAUUUUUCCCCCCAGGAUAGGGAGGAGGAUGGUGAGAGAAGCAACAAAAUCCCCAAGAAUCACUGUGAAAGAAUUGCAGGCCUUGGUGGCAUCUUGGGGUCACCAGGUUUCAAAAAGCACAAUCAGAUGCCACCUCCACAACCACAAGCUCUUUGGAAAGGUUGCCAGAAGAAAGCCCUUUCUGACCACAAGACACAGACGCAAGUGCUUGGAGUUUGCCAAACGUCAUUUAAAUUAUGACUGGAAGAAGGUGCUCUGGUCAGAUGAGACCAAAAUUGAAAGUUUUGGUCAGAUACAACAUCGGCAUGUUUGUCGUCGAAACAGAGAUGCAUACAAGGAGAGGCACCUCAUACCCACGGUAAAAUAUGAUGGUGGGUCAGUGAUGUUUUGGGGCUGUUUUAAUUCCAGAGGUCCAGGGGCACUGGUUAAGAUUGAUGGCAUAAUGAAGUAUUGUUUGUGCAUUGCCAGUCAGGGGUGCCAGUAAUUUUGGAGCCCACUGUAUACAAUUAUCUGUUAGGUCCCUCAGUCGAGCAGUGAAUUUCAAACACAGAUUCAACCACAAAGACCAGGGUGGUUUUCCAAUGCCUCGCAAAGAAAGGCACCUAUUGGAAGAUGGAUACACAUUUUAAAAAGCAGGCACAGAAUAUCUCUUUGAGCAUGGUGAAGUUAUUAAUUACACUUUGGAUGGUGUAUCAAUACACCCAGUCACGACAAAGAUACAGGCGUCCUUCCUAACUCAGGUGCCGGAGGGGAAGAAAACCACUAAGGGAUUUUACCAUGAGGCCAGUGGCGACUUUUAAAACAGUUGCAGAGUUUAAUGGCUGUGAUAGGAGAAAACUGAGGAUGGAUCAACAACAUUGUAGUUACUCCACAAUACUAACCUAAAUGACAGAAUGAAAAGAAGGAAGCCUGUACAGAAUAAAACAUAUUCCAAAGCAUGCAUCCCAGAGCGUAAAAUAACUUUAUUAACUGAUUCCCAUGCUUUUAAAAUAACGGUUCUGUUCCGGUAUAGAUCACUUUCGGUACAGGUUCUGUUUCCUGAACCGGUUCCAACCCUUGGUUAUGGGUAUGCUUGUCAUCGACAAGUACUACAGAGUUUUUUUGGGAUAAAAAGAAACGGAAUAGAGCUAAGCAUAGGCAAAAUCCUACACUCUUAGAAAGAACGUGCUAUCUAGAAUCUAAAAUGGUUAUUCGGUUGUCCUCAUUGGAGAACCCUUUGAAGAACCCUUUUUGGUUCCAGGUAGAACCCUUUUUGGUUCCAGGUAGAACCCUUUUGGUUCCUGGUAGAACCCUUUUUGGGUUCCAUGUAGGACCCUUUCCACAGAGGGUUCUAAAUGGAACCCAAAAGAGUGUAGAGGAAAACCUGGCUCAGCCUGCUUUCCAACAGACACUGGGAGACAAAUUCACCUUUCAGCAGGAUAAUAACCUAAAACACAAGGCCAAAUAAACACUGGAGUUGCUUACCAAGACGACAUUGAAUGUUCCUGAGUGGCCUAGUUACAGUUUUGACUUAAAUCACCUUGAAAAUCAAUGGCAAGACUUGAAAAUGUCUGUCUAGCAAUGAUCAACAACCAACUUGACAGAGCUUGAAGAAUCUUUCAGAUAAUAAUGUGCAAAUAUUGUACAAUCCAGGUGUGUAAAGCUCUUAGACUUCCCCAGAAAGACUCACAGCUGUAAUCACUGCCAAAGGUGAUUCUAUCAUUGACUCGGGUGUGAAUACUUAUGUAAAUGGUUUAUUUCUGUAUUUCAUUUUCAAUAAAUGUGCAGUAAUUUCUAAAAAAACAUAUUUUCACUUUGUCAUUAUGGGGUAUUGUGUUUAGAUGGGUGAGAAAAAUAAUAUAUUUAAUACAUUUUGAAUUCACGCUGUAACACAACAAAAUGUGAAAUAAGUUAAGGGGUAUGAAUACUUUCUGAAGGCACUGUACAUUUUCUAUGUUGAAAUGGUCUCUGUUGUUCUAAUGUAGGCCCUUCAGGCCUCAGUCUACUGCAAUUUCACUCUGUUUAAAUUGUCAUGUUCUUUGCAGUUUUGGUAUUGUCCUUUGGGAGAUUGCAACCUGCAAGAUUCCUUUCAGAGGUGUGUGUCAAUUAGUGAAAGUACUGUGUGUAACAAACACUAUCAGUAAUACCAAUGAUACUGUAUAUCUGGAAAUAGCAUGGUUGGGUUUUCGCUCCCUCUAUAAACAUAUGCUUGCUCUGUCAUAUUUAGAAAUGUAUCAUUCCAUUUCUGUUUUCUCUUGUACUUCUGAUCAGACUGCUCAGACAAAGAGGUGUAUCAGAGGGUGUGUAAAGACAAAUAUACUGAACCUCUUCCUGAAGGUUGCCCUAAACAGUUGGGAGAACUGAUCAACGACUGUCGCUCCUACGACAGCUUCCAAAGGCCAACGGCUGGAGGUAAUACCUUCAACACACACAACAUAUAUGCCGAGAUAUCAUUUACAUUUUACAUUUUAGUCAUUUAGCAGACGCUCUUAUCCAGAGCGACUUACAUGAGCAAUUAGGGUUAAGUGCCUUGCUUAAGGGCACAUCGACAGAUUUUUCACCUAGUCGGCUCAGGGAUUAGAACCAGCGACCUUUCGGUUACUGGCACAACGCUCUUACCCACUAAGAUACCUGUAUAGAGCGCCCACUGUAAUUAUUGGGACAGUGAAGCAGUUUUUCUUCUUUUGGCUCUAUACUCUAAAUGUUUGGAUUUGAAAUCAAACAAUGACUACGUGGUGUUGGAUUCUAGCUUGAAAUGUACUUAUUAAUGUUACCAGACUAUAACUUAUUGAUUACUGUACAUGUAAAAGGAAUGUAUAUGUUGGGGUCAAUGGAGGAUGGAUAAGAACUAGGUGUAUGGAAAGUUACACACUGAGACGAGGGAGUGCAAAAAGUUUACAUUCUGUCAAAAGAUGUUAUUGUUAAAACUCAUGGCUCCUAAGGAAUGAGGCAAAGGGCAACAGUCUGGUUUCAGUCACUGAUAAAGUAGGACAGUCGUGGAUUAGGGAGGCGCGAGUAAUUCGGCCCGAGUAAUUCGGCCCGAGGUCAGGUCAGAUGAAGUGAGAAGGAACAGUCCUAUCUCACACACACAUACUUCCACGCCCACGAAGGGUCUAGCAUGAGGCAGGGCCAUGACUACACCAGUGAGAGGAACCAAUUAAGUUCCUGACUAGCAACAGAGAUGUAUUUGCUGUCUAGAUGUGCAAGGAGUUGACUCCGCCUAGAAGGAAGGUAUUAAUAAUGUAAAAAGUUAAGUAUUUGGUCCCAUAUUCAUAGCACGCAAUGACUACAUGAAGCUUGUGACUCUACACAUUUGUUGGAUGCAUUUGCUGUUUGUUUUGGUUGUCUUUCAGAUUAUUUUGUGCCCAAUAGAAAUGAAUGGUAAAUAAUGUAUUGUCAUUUUGAGACUUCUAUUGUGAAUAGAAUAUGUUUCUGAAAACUUCUACAUUAAUGUGGAUGCUACCAUGAUUAUGUAUAAUCCUGAAUUUAUCGUGAAUAAUGGUGAGUGAGAAAGUUAGACCCACAAAUAUCAUACCAACUUGAUUGAUGUAUUCACUGCGUGCUAUGAAUAUGGAAUCAAAUACUUAACUUUUUACUACUUUAAUGCACAUAAGUGAAUUUGUCUCAAUAAUUUGGGUGCCCUGAAAUGGGUGGACUAUGUACAAAAAGUGCUGUAAUUUCUAAACAGUUUGCCUGACAAUCUGCACUUAAACCUUUUUUAACCACUUUAACCAAAUCCAAACUUCUGGAGUAUAGAGCCAAAAUAAGAAAAAAUGCUUCACUGUCCCAAUCAUUACGGAGAGCACUGUAUGAUAUACUGUACCCCUACAUACAAUAAUUUCACCUGUCCAUAUUGAUUCCUAUUUGUCCUCUCAGUUAUCCUUAUUUCUUAUUUCCAUCAUUAUAAUCAUCAUUAAGAGGUGUUAUCAUACCCAGGACAGAUUGAGUAAUCAAGUUUCUGUUCCACAGUGUUGGUUGACAAGCUCCGCAAAGUGGUGGAGAAGUUAGAGGAGGACUAACAAACAGGUUUCCAUCUCCAGUUCUCAGAAAAGAGGAAAACCAAGAGCGGUUAUCAACCCCAGGUCAAAGGAAGACCAAUUUACUGUCUCAAAUUCUUUGAGAUAAACAACACCCACACCACACCGACAGACGGUUGAUCAAAUGCCUGUGACAUAUUGUGAAGGAAGGAAUGUCUAUAUCUCUCAAUGGACAAUUUAGCCUAAUGGAAUGCAUUUUCACUAUAAGCAUUAUUCAGGAAUAACUUUGAUUGAAACUAUUUGCAAUUGAUCUGACCAUUAAAGCACCACCAUAUUUGUUUUCUGCUGGCACAACUCUUUGAAAAAUAAAAUAUAAUAAAGCCAUUUGUUUGUGAC